CACCUUCCGGAGGAUCCAGCUCCCGGCCAGGGGCCACGACUGCCGCCACAUACAGUGCUUCGACCUGGAGUCCUACCUGCAGCUCAACUGCGAGCGGGGCACGUGGCGGUGUCCCGUGUGCAAUAAGACGGCCUUGCUGGAGGGCCUCGAGGUGGACCAGUACAUGCUGGGCAUCCUCAUCUACAUCCAGAACUCGGACUACGAGGAGAUCACCAUCGACCCCACGUGCAGCUGGAAGCCGGUGCCCAUCAAGCCCGACCUCCACGUCAAGGAGGAGCCCGACGGGCCGGUGCUCAAGCGCUGCCGCACCAUGAGCCCCACGCACAUGGUGCUGCCCAACAUCAUGGAGAUGAUCGCGGCGCUGGGCCCCGGCUCCUCGCCCUUCCCGGCGCUGCCUCCGCCGCCCGCCGGCGCCGGCUACGGCACGGCGCUCGGAUGCCACCCGGAUUCCCGCGAGGCUGCGAAGGCGGCGCUGCCAGCGCUGGCCCGUAGCCCGCGGCGGCGCUUGCCGGGGAGCCUCGAGGUGGCCCUUUGGGGCCAUCGACCCCCUUUUCGGGCCGUCCCGUGGGCUCUUGAGGAGCCCAAGUACCCUGGUUGCACUAACACCUUGUUUUUCUCUUUGCAGCUGUUUGCAGACAAGGUCCCAAAGACAGCAGAAAACUUUCGUGCUCUGAGCACUGGUGAGAAAGGAUUUGGCUACAAGGGAUCCUGCUUCCACAGAAUCAUUCCUGGGUUCAUGUGCCAGGGCGGCGACUUCACGCGCCACAACGGAACCGGUGGCAAGUCCAUUUAUGGGGAGAAGUUCCCUGACGAGAACUUCAUCCUGAAGCACACGGGCCCCGGCAUCUUGUCCAUGGCCAACGCCGGCCCCAACACGAACGGAUCCCAGUUCUUCAUCUGCACUGCCAAGACCGAGUGGUUGGAUGGCAAGCACGUCGUCUUCGGCCGCGUCAAGGAGGGCAUGAACGUGGUGGAGGCCAUGGAGCGCUGCGGGUCCAAAGAUGGCAAGACGAGCAAGAAGAUCACCAUUUCCGACUGCGGGCAGCUCUCGUAAAGGAGAA